AUGGCAGCCCCGACACCCACCGCCGCCGCCCCAUGGCGAGCUCAGUUCCUGGACCACGUCAGCAAGCUCGACUCGCCAACAUUCACAUUCUCCUCCCUCCACCCAGGCACCAAGUCCUCCCAGACGGAGCCGAGGGGCCGCACCUGCGUCUUCCGCGGCAUGUGGGCCUCACUCCCGCCCAACGACAAGAACAACGCAACCCGCAACCCGGACGCCUUCGAGUCCGACUGCCUGACGCUGACCACGGACGCCCGCAUGGCCAAGGUGCCCGAGCUUUUCGACUCGGGCGAGACGGGUGACUCCCCGGCCUCGUCCUCCUCAGGCGGCGGCGGGCCCGUCGAGGCCAUGUUCUGGGUCGCGGAGACGGGCACGCAGUGGCGCCUGCGCGGGCACGCCUGGGUGCUCUCCCACGCCGACAUCGGCGGCGCCGACGCGGCGAGCAGCCCCGGGGCCAAGGCGGCGCGGGAUGCCAUCUCGGCGCGGAUGCGGCCCACCACCAGCGGCCAGGCAGGGCAGUGGAGCUGGGAGAGGGAGGUCGAGGCCCAGUUCGGGAACCUGAGCCCCGGGAUGCGGGGCAGCUUCAAGAACCCGCCCCCCGGGACGCCGAGGGCCAAGGAGCCCGGCCCCGGGGAGGGGCUGGGGCAGAAGGUCGGGGACGAGCUUCUGAAGGACGAGGUCGCCAGGAGGAACUUCCGCGUCGUGGUCGUCGUGCCGGAGGAGGUUGACACGUGGGACGGGAAGGACCCCGACAACCAGAGGCGGUGGGUUUACACGUACGUUGGGGCGGACGCGAAGGCGACGAGGCCUGGUGGUCAGGUCAUUGACGGGUGGGAGAAGGUUGAGGUUUGGCCUUGA